AUGAUCUAAACAAUUGAUCAAUAGUGGAAUAAUAAUGCAAAAUUUAAAUAAGAACUUUUAUAACAAUAUAUAAUAAUUGACACAGAGAUUGAGAUAAAACCUAGUGAAAAUUAGUUUUACGAAGUUUUUAACUGCAUAACGUCUCCCAAAGAUACUAUGCCUGAAAACUUCAAAAAAAAUUUUCCAAAACAAUUUAAUUCAAUUAUGAGAGAUUAAAAUGGUUGGAAAAUGCUUUAUAAAGAACUCUAUGUUUUAAUAAAACAAGAAAUUGACUAUUAAAAAUAUGGACCUCCUGAUCAAUAAGGGAAUCAAAAUAAUAAAGAAGAUGAAACUAUUUCAUCUUUUAAUCCUUAUAUAAUUACAAGUAUAAUUUAAAAGGUUGAAAAUAACAUUAAAAUUAAAUAUAACAAUUAAUUUGCUUAAUAUGGUCUAAUUUUAACUGAUGUUGGAGAAAGAUGCAUCUUUUAUUAUUCUAUGUUAAUUAUAUGGAGAUUUCUUUGCUAUUAAAGAUGGAACUCUAAAAAUAUAUAAUAACAACAUUAGAAUAAUUAUUAAACUGAAUUAAUUAGAUGUAAAGCUGAAAUUAAUUAAGAUAAUUAAAAAUAAAGUUGUAUUAAAGCAACUGAACUAGUCAGUAAAAUAUAAACUUUGUUAAAGAAAGAAUUUUUGGAUCGAACUAAAAAAGAAGUUUUAUAAUAAAAGAAUUAAGUAAGCAUGUCAAGUGCUGAUCUUAUAUCAAAAUUAGAUAAGGAAUUAUUAAUUGAUGUAAAUACAAAAAUGUUUGAAGAUUUAGACGUUUAAAAAAAAAAUAUUAUCUUAUACUACUGAUCAUAAAUCGUUUAUUAAUUAGUACACAUUUGACAUGCUAAAAUAGGUUUAAGAUAAAUUGUUAACUGAUUAUUCAAAUAAAUAUAAAAAAGAAUUAAGUUUAUACUUAUAAAGCAUAUAAUAAAAUGCAAAAAUAUUUUUUAAAUAUAUCAAGAAUCAAUAAAAGGAAGUAAAAACAAUUAAAUAUUUUGUUGAAGAUGCUAAGUAAUAAGAUAAAAUAUUUUAUGAAAAUUAUCUUUUUAGAUUACUUAUUUAAUGUCUUCUAGGUAAGAUUGAAGAUAAAAUUGAUAUAAUUGAAAAAUAAUAUACAGAAAUCUUCUAAGUUAGCAAUUACAAUCCUGUAAAUUAUUAGCUUAAGAUAAAUUUGCAAUUAUUAAAUCAACAAGAUCAAUAAGUUUACAAUCUAAAGUCAUUUGUUGAAACAUUAAUUGAAGAAAUUAAUCUAAUCUUAAAAAAUAUAGAUUAAAUAUAAUUUAAAUAGGCUGAAUAUUAACUUGAUGUUGAGUUUGGGAAAUUAAAAUUAUAGAUGAACGGUUGUGAAUAUACAUGUCCAUGUUGCAAAAGAAAAUGUGAUGAAGAUAAUGAUAAUGAUAGUAACCAUAUUCAUAAAUGUUAAAAUGGCCAUUAAAUCAGAGGUAAAGUUAUAACAUAUUUAGGUAUUAAUGGUAUUUUGAUAUCCCAUAACAGCCCAUCAUUAUUUACAUGUGAAGAAAUUCUUGAUUAAUGCAUACUUAUAACACUUGAAACUAAUCUAUAAAAAACAUGGAAAGAAGUCAAAAAAGCACAUUCAAAUUGGAAUUUCAAAAAUAUCUACGAUGCAAAAAAUAAUGAAAAUAAAGAAAAAUGGGAAAAAGUCUGGAAUAUAGGGUUGGGAAGGUUAAUUUGUUUACACUUAGAAAAAUAAUUAAACCAUCAAAUUAUACUCUCAUAAAAAUCAAGUUUUGAAAUUUACAUUUCGAAUAUUCAUUAUAUUCUCAUUCUUGAUGAUUCAGGGUCAAUGUAAGGAGAGAAAUGGGAUAAUGCCAAAAAUGGAGCUUUACAUUGUAUAAAGUCAUUAGAAAAUGCUGAUAGUGCAAAAGUGAGCGUUAUCAUCUUUAACGGAGAUGCAAGAAUAGUAGUAGAAUGUUAAAAACCAAAUUACAGUUAGAUUAGUAGCUGCAUUUCUUAUAAAGGGGGGAAUACUGCGUUUGAUCCUCCAUUUAAGAUGGCUCUCUAAUUGAUUGAAAAACAUAAGGGCUUUAAUAAGUAACAAAAUUUAUAAUAUUAGAAUUUAAAUAUUAUUUUAUACUGAUGGAGAAGCAGGUUAUCCAUAAGCUACAAUUGAUCAAUUCUUUUAGCUACCACCAUAGAUUAGAAGUCGAAUCAGCCUAACAGCCUGUUCUGGAGAAAAAUCUUCUCAUUCAUUAUAAUAAAUGAUCGAGAAGUUCUCAUAACAUAUGUAAUUAGCUUAACUAAAAAAUUCUGUAUAACCAAUGGAAAUUUAGAAAGUUUGGACAGAAGUAGUGAGCAAAAAUAUUCAUUCAUAACUGGUAUGA